CCGGCGGAAGUAAUUUACACUGAAGUGCGGGGCGGAGACCUGUGUUGUUUGACAAUCAGUCGCUCUCUAUCACAUAUUUCCUGUCGUACAACAUGGAAACGUCUUCUGUUUAUCGUGUGAGAAACUUCGUCAACGAGCGACUAACCGCUGCUGCUGAAGAAAUAUUCCGAGUGUUUGAAAAAGCUUUAUCAGAGUACGAGGAAGAGAUCGUCCGUCAACGCAGAUUGCUGGAUAUGGUCCUGCAGCCCGUCAUAAAACUACAAAAGACCGAUCCCCCACAACCAUCAAUAUGUAAAGAAGGGGUUCCUCUCAACCAGGAGAGGAGUACCACUCUGGACAAAGAAGACCUAGAGCUUCCACAGAUCAAAGAGGAACAAGAGGAACUCUGCCCCAGUCAGGAGGAGGAGACGUUUUCACUGCAGCAGCACACUGAAGCCUUGAAGUUGAGUCCUACUUAUGAGGGAAGUGACAACAAUGAAGAUCAGACUCUGCUUUUUGUACUUGCCCAAACUCAGAGUGCAGUAGAGAAAGAACCUCAGUCCAACAGUUCAGGUGAACAGAUGACACCUGAACCUGACAUAAAACACUCUGUAGUCACAGAACCAAACAGUGAUCCUGACCAGCAUAUUAAAGCAGACAAGAAGUUUUACCCGUGCGCUAUUUGUGGAAUAAAUUUCAAAAUGAAUACAGACUUGGAACUGCACAUGAGAACUCACAAAGGCAAGAAGCCUUACAGAUGCAAGUUUUGCAAUAAGGAGUUUGCUUUCAGCUCAUCCGUGUCGAGGCAUCUGCGGGUGCAUACGGGGGAGAAGCCUUAUGAAUGUCUUUUGUGCGGGAAAAGAUUUAACGUCAGCACAACCUUGAAAGUCCAUUACAGAAUUCAUACGGGCGAAAGGCCUUAUAAAUGCAAGACUUGUGAAAGGGGUUUCACCACCUGCUCCAACCUGAAGAAGCAUGUGGCUCUACAUAAUAGAGUUGCAAAGAGCAGACCUGUUAAAAGCUGUCACUGUAUAACAGAUGUUACGGAAAACCACAAUGAAAUGCGGGGCCUCCUGAAUAGUAUGUUAUUAUGUCAAACUAAUUCCCUCGAAAUGGCUUCAGUCCAGUGUUUUAGAGAGUUUCUCAACGAGCGACUAACAGCUGCUGCUGAAGAAAUAUUGGGGGUGUUUGAAAAAACUGUCGUUGUUUACGAGGAGGAGAUCCAUCGCCAGCGCAAACUGCUGGAUAUCGUUUUAAAGCCUGAGAUAAAACUACACAAGAAAGAGAUCUCACAGUCAUCUGUCUUUUAUGAGGAGGUUCUUGCUGACCAGCAGCUCUGUAACCAGGAGAGGAACUUCAGUCUGGACCAAGAGGACCCAGAGCCUCCACAGAUUAAAGAGGAACAGGAGGAACUCUGCACCAGUCUGGAGGGAGAACAGCUGGUACUGAAACUGGGGACUGAUACAUUAAGGCCUACUUGUGAGAGAAAUGACCACACUGAAGAUCAGACUCUGCUUUUGGAUCUCGACCAAACUCAAACUGCAGCAGAGACUCUGACCAAUGUCUCUGUUAUAGUAAUAAAAUCUGAAUCUGACAGAGAGGAUUUAGGUGUAUCAGAACCAAACGGCGACUGCCAUAAAAGCCAAGAUGAAAGAGGCAACCAUGAGAAUGCAAAUACUGACAUGAAACCAGAAAACAAAUUCUUCAAAUGUCUCUUUUGCACUGAAGAGUUUCAUGAUUUCUUGAAGUUAAAGGUUCACUUAAGGACCCACACUGGUGAAAAGCGUUUUAAAUGUGACACUUGUGGGAAAGGAUUCACUCAGAAGGCUCUGCUUAGGAACCACAUAAUAACUCACACAGGGGCAAAGCCCUUUAUGUGCAGAGUUUGUGGAAAGGAGUUCAACUGUCAGUCAAACCGCGUCACUCAUAUGAAAACUCACACUGGCGAGAAGCCGCACACCUGCUCCACCUGCGGGAAAAGUUUCUGUCGUGGCGCAGACCUGAGGAGACACAACCGAACUCACACAGGCGAGAAGCCGUACAGUUGUGUCUACUGCGGGAAGGAGUUUUCUUACCACUCAUCUCUCACGAAUCACAUCCGAGUGCAUACGGGGGAGAAGCCUUAUAAAUGUAUUUGGUGUGGGAAAAGAUUUGCUGUCAGCACAACAUUGAAAAUACACACCAGAGUCCAUACAGGGGAAAAGCCGUAUAAAUGUAACACUUGUGGGAAGACUUUUGCUCAUAACACAGGACUGACGUUACACAACAAGAUCCAUGCAAGAGAAAAACAACAGAGUUGAGGAAAGGUUCAACAGGUUUAGCUCACACAAAGAAAGAUUUGACUAUUGGGAUUGAAAUGUAACCUGUGCCUUGUUGUAAGGGUCACAUACAGAUAACCCACAAGUUCAUUUCAGGCCACUAGAUCUACUGUAGAUGUACUGAUGAUCUGCUUCUUUACCAUCUAGCUUUACAAGAAAGGUGUCACUAUAUCUGCAAGAUCUCUACAUGGACAGAAAUACUAAGUUCAAAUCCAGGUGAUAAAUUAUAAAAAUAUCCCUCCCAGGGCUGAAACUAUUAAUCCAGUAAUUGUUUUAAGUCAUUUAUCAAGGAAAAUGCCAGACAUACACUGGUCCCAGAUUUUCAAACGUGAGGAUUUGCUGCUUAAUUUUUUCUCUACCUUACUUUUCCUUUACAGUUGCAACAAUUAGUUGAUUUAUCAAUUAGUUGAUUGUCAAAAAAUUAAUCAGCAACCAUUGUGAUGAUAGUUUCUU